AGGACUGAGAAGUGGAUAAGAGGAAAGUAGCGUAGAGAAAGCAGAGGGAAGAAGAAGAAGAAUGGAGAAGUAUUUCGGGAAUGCUUAUCGUGGUGACCCAGGCGUACCCCAUGCCGAUCCCGAACGAUUCGUGACCAUUUGGAUCGGUGCCGCUGCAUUCUCUGUUCUCACCUAUAUCAAUCCCUACAUGUGGCAGCUCUCUAAUCAGUACAAUUGGCAUGAUAAAGCAAUGUUAUUUGAGCAAUAUCACUGGAAGAAGGCAAUGAAGAAGAAUGAACCAUAUGAGUUCCAGUGGAACAAGAGGUGGGACAAGGACCACCGAGAUUCGUACUACUUCAACUGGCCCGCUUACUUCCCCUAGGUCCUUUCUAUUUUUGUUUCUUGCCGACAUUGUCUUAUCUUAAACUUUGGUUGCAAACCUGGAGAAAAUUGAUACCCCUCCCCCCUCAUGCACUAUCAAAUUUGACAUUUUGAAUGUGACUUAAAAAGCAACUACAAGCAUGUGUUUCUUGGGCC